GUGGCCAUUGGGGGUGAUGGGUUUCCAAGGAGAUGAAGAAUCAUCUGCCCCUCAUAUUUCAACGAGAUCCCAGUUUAGAUAUAAUUCUCCGUUGAUCCAGGUCGUGUUAAUUGGAUUGGUUUGCUUUUGUUGUCCUGGUAUGUUCAAUGCGUUGAGUGGCAUGGGCGGCGGAGGGCAGUUGGAUACGACGGUUGCCGAUAACGCUUCCACUGCCCUCUAUACGACUUUUGCCAUAUUUGGCAUCAUCGGCGGCGGAGUGUACAACAUCCUGGGCCCUCGUCUUACCCUCUUCGCCGGUUGCUCAACUUAUGUCCUCUACGCUGGAUCCUUCCUCUACUACAACCACUACAAGCAACAAAACUUUGCCAUCAUUUCAGGCGCUAUUCUUGGUGUGGGUGCUGGUUUCCUCUGGGCUGGUGAGGGCGCCAUCAUGACUUCCUAUCCGCCCCCUGAUCAAGGCACUUACAUUUCCAUCUUUUGGAGUAUUUUCAACAUGGGUGGUGUUGUUGGUGGCCUUAUUCCCUUUAUCCUAAACUACCACCGCACCACUGCUUCUUCUGUCAAUGAUGCUACCUACAUUGGCUUCAUGUGCUUCAUGUCCAUUGGGACUCUCACUUCUCUCGCCAUCUUGCCGCCAAGUCGUGUGGUUCGUGACGAUGGCUCACGAUGCACCAACAUCAAGUACUCGAGCGUCUCAACCGAAGUUGUGGAGAUUCUCAAGUUGUUCCUGAAUUGGAAGAUGUUGUUGAUUGUCCCUGCUGCUUGGUCUAGCAACUUUUUCUAUACCUAUCAGUUCAAUAACGUGAAUGGGGCCUUGUUUAAUUUGAGGACAAGAGGGUUCAAUAAUGUUUUCUAUUGGGGAGCACAGAUGGUGGGGUCUGUUGGGAUUGGAUACAUAUUGGAUUUCAGUUUUAAAAGUAGGAGGACGAGAGGUCUGUUUGGAGUCAGCUUGGUGGCUCUCUUGGGUACUGGAAUAUGGGCAGGUGGCCUGGCCAACCAGCUUAGAUAUUCUCGCCAGAAGUUGCUUGACAAGUUGGAUUUCAAGGACUCAAAUUCUGAUUUUGUUGGGCCUUUCUUUUUAUAUUUCUGUUUUGGCCUGUUGGAUGCUAUGUUUCAGAGCAUGGUUUACUGGGUUAUUGGAGCCCUGGCGGAUGAUUCAGAGACCUUGAGCAGGUAUAGUGGAUUCUAUAAAGGGGUGCAGAGUGCAGGAGCUGCAGUUGCUUGGCAAAUUGACACUCACCAUAUUUCCUUCAUGUCUCAGCUGCUUGUGAAUUGGUCGCUCACAACACUGAGUUAUCCUUUGUUGGGUGUUCUGGUCUUCUUGGCUGUCAAUGAUGACGACAAGCCUAUUGACGAAACUCCUACUAAGGAGGUUAACACUUUCAUUACCUAACCCUGCAGUGAUGCAAAGCUUAAGUUUCUAUAAAAUUCUCUGUACUUUUCUUUUCUCCACUUCUUGGUAAAAUGUUUAUCACAUGUUGCCUAAAUUGCAAUUAUAUAUACAAUG